AUGCCCAACUAUAAAGAGAAAUUGCUAUGGAUCUUUCUCAACCCAUGUUUGAAAUUGUUCUUCCUAGUGGAUAUUUUGACUUAUGUGGUAUGGAAGAUAAGUGGCCUCCCUCCAACUCGUGUGAUUGGAAGUGGCUGUAACCUAGACUCUGCCCGUUUCCGUUACCUGAUUGGAGAGAAGUUGAGUGUCCACCCUGCAAGUUGCCAUGGCUGGGUUCUCGGAGAACACGGUGACUCUAGUGUGCCCUUAUGGAGUGGUGUGAAUGUUGCUGGCAUACCUCUGAAGUCACUGAACCCAGCAUUAGGAACGGACUCAGACAAGGAACAGUGGAAACAGAUCCACAAACAAGUGGUGGAAAGUGCCUAUGAGAUUGUUCGGCUGAAGGGCUACACCUCUUGGGCUAUUGGGCUCUCUGUGAUGGAUCUGGCAGGAUCAAUGCUGAAGAAUCUUAGGAGAGUGCAUCCCGUUUCCACACUGGUUAAGGGCUUAUAUGGGAUCAAGGAAGAAAUCUUUCUCAGUGUUCCUUGUAUCUUGGGACGAAACGGCGUCACGGACAUUGUGAAAGUGAACCUGAACCCUAAUGAGGAGGAACUUAUCAGGAAGAGUGCAGAAACACUGUGGAACGUCCAGAAGGACCUGGAAAUAUGAAGUCUCAGUAUUCUACACUUUUACAGAUGUAUGAUUGCAUAUUUUGCAUUUCAAGUGUUUUCGUAUAAUAAAAAGUUAAACAAAA